CUUAUUUAAUCGACCCCGAAAGGAUAAAAGGCAAAGUCGACCUCGGCGGAAUUUGAACUGAGAACGUAACGGCAGACGAAAUACCUCUAAGCACUUCGCCCACCGUGUAACGAUUCUACCUGUUCGCCGGGGUCAGUUUAUUACAAAACCCAAUAAGGACCAAUAAGUUAAAAUACUAGAGGACUCGAGCCCUCAAUAAUGCCGGGGUUUGUGUUGGAAAUUCUGCACGAUCGGAGUAUGAGUACAACGAGUGAAAACGCGGAAGUAGCAGGUCCAGUUGUGUUGGGAGGAAACGUCCUUCUUCGUACUGAAGAAGUACCCAAUAUGAAGAGGCCUAUUGCCUGGGAAAAUGGUCGUUGCUACAACGGCCACUAUGAAGUUAGUCCUACUGGUAACAUUUCUACUCUUUGGAUUCAAAGUCCCUCAAAGUGCACAAAGUACUUUCAGUACAGUGAAAAUAAGAGCACCGCAACAAACUACAGCCCAUACGGAAAGCACUCUGAGUGAAGUAAAGAAAAUAGAUAGGAAAAUACGCAAGCUGCUGAGUUGUAAUAGGAUGCACCACCCAAAGGCAGACGUAGGUCGCCUUUACCUUCCCAGAGCCCAAGGAG